UAUAAUGGUAAAUUAACGUCAUUUAACUAGAAAAAGACGUAUUUAUUAUUAAAAAAACUAUUAAUUUUAAAUACGAGGAAAAGGUAUUUUCAAUUUAUCAUGUCGUUGUAGGAAAUUCCCGGUUUUUCAAUAUACGUUGUAUAGACAUAAAUUUCUAAGAAAUUAGUGCAUUGUAUAAUGGAGUGCGUCAGAAUAGUAGUAAGCAUGAGCGUUAUUAUUUCACGUGAUAUAUAAAAUUCUUUUUAAAGAUUUAUUAUAAAAUUUAUAAACUAGCAAAAUGUGUGUAUAAUUAUAAAUAUUUUGAAAUAAUCGGUAUUAUCAGAUAUUAUCUGAUAUUGUCAUACUUGUCGAAUGAUAACCAUUGAUAACCAACUCAAACCGUUGUUUGAAUAUAAUAUUGUGUAUGGAAGUUGUCAAAUGGUCUCUUGAUAUUUUAUAAAGUAGUUUUUAUUAGUGCAUGAAAUAUUUAAUAAAAUGUCGACGUUAGGAAUGUAUGAAUUAACUCAUCCUGAAUUAUUGUCAGAAUCAGAUCUUAAGGAAAUUUUAGAAAAUAGAUGUAUUGACUUCAGUGACUAUAAAAAUUUAUCCAGAUUUGAAUUAAUAGAAUUAUAUAAACGGGUGGCUUUGCCGUUACCUCAAAGACAAUCUGAGAGUAAUCAAAAUUCAGAUGUAAGACAACAUAAUGAGGCAAUGCACUCUGUUAAUGAAUCACAGAGAAAUCCUGUUUCAUUGAAUGGUACAAGUACUAGAAAAACAGAUAUAAAUGAAACGGCAAAAGAGAUUUUUUGUAUAAGACCAAAAUCUUCUGCAAGUGAACUUAAACAAACAUCUAAUAAAAUACGUUUAUAUAAUUCAAAUACCUUUAAAAAAUGCAAUGGUAUUGAGAAACGUAAUAAUGAUGGAAAACAUGAUGAAGCUCCAUCAAAGAAAAGACAAAAGAUUACAUGGCCAUGAUACUAUAUUAUAUUAAAUCUUUAUAGUAUAUAAGUACUAUUUUUUUGGAAGUGAAUGAUUGGGGUUAGAUUUAUGUUAUUAGUUGUUAAUAAAUCAUAAUAUAUAAA